AUGAGCCGCUCCCACGAUAGCCAUAGCCCUGUCCCCGUGGUGGAUAACAACUUCGAUGCCAGCCACAAGGACCUCGAAAAACAUUCCUCAUCUGAACCGGCCUUUGAUAUCAAUGUCAGCCACCCUAUUGUGGCCGAUAAGCUCGCCCGUAAGCUGUCGGCCCGUCAAGUUCAGAUGAUCGCGAUCGGUGGUACUAUCGGAACGGGUCUCUUCCUCGGAACGGGGAAAUCUCUUGCGACAGGCGGCCCGGCGUCAAUGCUUAUCGCAUAUUUCAUUGUUGGCUCAAUCGUGAUGCUUACCAUGCUUGCUCUGGGUGAGAUGGCGGCAUUUGUUCCCAUUGCGGGCUCCUUCUGUACUUUCGCUGGGAGAUACGUUGACGACGCCCUUGGAUUUGCAUUGACCUGGAACUACUGGUUUAACGAUGCUGUCUCCACAGCCGCAGACCUGGUUGCUUUGCAAUUGGUCUUUGCCUAUUGGGAUACGGGAAUGCCGGGGUGGGCGCUGAGUCUCAUCUUCUGGGUAGUGUUGAUCUUGGCCAAUAUCGUUACCGUGAGGGCAUAUGGCGAAAUUGAAUACUGGCUGAGUCUUCUGAAAGUGGUUACUAUUACAAUCUUCAUUGUUCUGGGUAUUGCCGUUAAUUGCGGAGGCAAUACCUCUCAUACAUACAUCGGCGCGCAUAAUUGGUAUAUUGGCGACGCCCCGUUCGUAGGAGGCAUCGGAGGCUUUGCAUCAGUGUUUGUCACGGCUAGCUUCGCCUACGGUGGCACCGAAUCUAUCGCCAUCACAGCUGGUGAGACUGCCAACCCAACCAAAAACCUCCCCCGCGUCGUCAAAAAUGUAUUUUGGCGCAUCCUCAUCUUUUACAUCCUCUCGGUCCUCCUCAUAGGCCUCAACGUCCCAUACACCACCCCCAAUCUGUCGUCGAAGACCGCCGCCGUCUCACCCUUCACGAUAGUCUUCCAACAGGCAGGCGCUAAAGCCGCAGGAUCAUUCAUCAAUGCCAUGAUCCUGACCAGUGUUAUCAGCGCUGGAAACCAUGCCCUUUUUGCGGGCACCCGACUUCUAUACUCCCUAUCCGUUGAUAAUCACGCUCCGAAAGUCUUUGGUAGGCUGAACCGGAACAAAGUCCCGUAUAUAGCCGUCAUAGCUACCAGUUUGAUCAGUGGUCUCUGUUUCGGCGCAUCUUUCAUCGGGGCCGGCCAACUGUGGACGUGGCUGCAAAAUUUGGUCGGUGUUUCCAACCAACUAGCCUGGACUGCCAUCGGCGUGACCUCGCUGCGUUUCCGUGCUGCGGUGAAAGCGCAGGGUAAAGAGCAUCUCCUCCCUUUUAAAAACUGGACAUACCCCUGGGGACCUCGGAUUUCUAUCGUCAUGAAUAUCGUCAUCAUUCUCGUGCAGGGGUGGAGUUCAUUCUCUCCAAAAUUCAGCGCGAUCGAUUUUGUCAGUUACUAUAUAGAGCUAGUGGCCAUGUUUGUGAUGUAUGUGGCAUGGAAGGUGUUUAAGAAGACCAAGAUUGUAGGGUUGGCUGAGAUGGACCUGGAGACUGAUGUUUACACAGUUGGAGAGGAGGAUCUCAAGGAAAUGGAGAAGGAGAAGGGGUGGAAAGGAAAGGCGAGGUCUGUUUUGAGGUGGAUUUUCUAG